CAACAACAGUCUCUUCACAGCCACAGGGCGCCGCGGCCGCCGCCGCGCCUCCACUCCCUCGCCGAAACCCUAGAAAUCGCGCCGCGGAAUCGUCCUAGCGCCUCAUGCUGCGCGCCGCGGCGGCCGCCGCCGCCGUCUUCCCCUCGCGGUUCGCCGCCGCGCCGGCCGUGGCGGCGGCGGAGGAGGUGAGGUCGCCGCUGCUCAGGGUUUUGGGUUCGCUGAGAGGCGGGCGGGCCACGACGCUGGGGACGAGGGCGCGUUUCUGCUCCAACUCCGCCGGGAGCGACUCCGAGGCGCCGGCAGCGGCGGAAGCUAAGGCCGAGGAUGCGGUUGCUGCGGAAGGGGAGGCCGACGGCAAGCCAUCUUCCGCCAUCGUGCCAACCACCCCCCGCCCCGAGGACUGCCUCUCGGUCAUAGCACUGCCUCUCCCACAUCGUCCACUCUUUCCUGGAUUUUAUAUGCCAAUCUAUGUAAAGGACCAAAAGCUAUUGCAAGCCCUAGUAGAAAAUCGCAAAAGAUCCAUCCCAUAUGCUGGUGCAUUUCUUGUGAAGGAUGAAGAAGGUACUGACCCAAAUAUUGUGACGAGCUCAGAUUCAGAGAAAAGCAUUGAUGAUCUCAAAGGGAAGGAAUUACUACAGCGCCUUCAUGAAGUUGGCACGCUUGCGCAGAUAACUAGCAUUCAAGGGGAUCAGGUUGUGCUACUUGGUCACCGUCGUUUAAGGAUAACUGAAAUGGUUCAGGAGGAUCCACUUACAGUAAAAGUUGACCAUCUGAAGGAAAAACCCUACAAUAAGGAUGAUGAUGUUAUAAAAGCAACUUCAUUUGAAGUUAUAUCCACCUUAAGGGAGGUUCUCAAGAUAAGUUCCCUUUGGAAGGAUCAUGUCCAAACCUACACGCAGCACAUGGGUGAUUUCAACUACCCGCGGUUAGCAGAUUUUGGUGCUGCUAUUUCUGGUGCCAACAAGUUGCUUUGCCAGGAGGUGCUUGAGGAGUUAGAUGUAUAUAAGCGUCUAAAGUUAACUCUUGAGUUAGUCAAGAAGGAGAUGGAGAUUAGUAAGUUGCAGCAAUCCAUUGCAAAAGCAAUUGAAGAAAAAAUAAGUGGGGAUCAGCGACGUUAUUUAUUGAAUGAGCAACUUAAAGCAAUAAAAAAGGAGCUAGGUCUGGAGACCGAUGACAAAACAGCAUUGUCUGCAAAAUUCAGGGAGCGGAUUGAAGCAAAGAAAGAGAAGUGUCCUCCUCAUGUUUUGCAAGUCAUUGAGGAAGAGCUUACAAAGCUUCAGCUGUUAGAAGCCAGUUCUAGCGAGUUCAAUGUAACACGGAAUUAUUUGGACUGGCUGACAGUAUUGCCAUGGGGAAACUAUAGUGACGAAAAUUUUGAUGUACAUCAUGCUCAACAAAUCCUUGAUGAAGAUCAUUAUGGGCUGAGUGACGUUAAAGAGAGGAUAUUGGAAUUUAUAGCAGUUGGCAGGCUAAGGGGAACUUCACAAGGAAAGAUUAUCUGUCUUUCUGGGCCACCAGGAGUUGGUAAAACUAGUAUUGGUCGAUCAAUUGCACGUGCACUGAACAGAAAGUUUUACAGAUUUUCUGUUGGAGGUUUAGCUGAUGUGGCAGAAAUCAAGGGGCAUCGGCGAACGUAUGUUGGUGCAAUGCCAGGGAAGAUGGUGCAAUGCCUUAAAUCAGUUGGAACAGCAAAUCCUCUAGUAUUGAUAGAUGAAAUCGACAAGCUUGGGAGAGGACAUUCUGGUGAUCCAGCCAGUGCAUUGUUGGAACUUCUAGACCCUGAGCAGAAUGUUAAUUUUCUUGACCACUACCUUGAUGUUCCAAUUGAUCUAUCCAAGGUACUUUUUGUUUGCACAGCAAAUGUUAUUGAGACGAUACCAAAUCCAUUACUGGACAGGAUGGAAAUCAUUGCAAUAGCUGGUUAUAUAACUGAUGAGAAGAUGCAUAUUGCUAGGGACUAUCUAGAGAAGAACACACGAGAGGCUUGUGGGAUUAAACCUGAACAGGUUGAGGUUACAGAUGCUGCUCUUCUUUCCCUUAUUGAAAAUUACUGCCGAGAAGCAGGAGUGCGAAACCUUCAAAAGCAUAUCGAGAAAAUUUACCGCAAGAUUGCUCUGCAACUUGUUCGCCAAGGGGUAUCAAAUGAGCCAACCCAAGAAGCUGUCAUUGUAACAGCAAGUGAAGAACCUAAUGGUAACAGCAGUGAAAACAAGUUGAAAGAGGAGAAUAUGGAGAAUCCUGCUACAGGGAAUGCUUCGGAGGAAGCUAGUGAAUUAGAGUUAAUGAAGAAAACAACUGAUCAUGAUGUGCAUCCAGCUGAAGAACCCAAAGAAGCUGUUUUAACUGAUCCAGCUUUAUCAACAGACAAAUUGUGCACACAAGAGGUCAACAAGGAUGUGGAAGGAGCUAUGGAAGAGGCAGCUGGUAAGACAGUUGAGAAGGUGGUAAUUGAUUCAUCAAACCUUGGUGAUUAUGUUGGGAAACCUGUUUUCCAAGCUGAGCGAAUAUAUGAGCAGACUCCUGUUGGAGUUGUCAUGGGUUUAGCUUGGACUGCUAUGGGCGGUUCUACUUUAUACAUUGAAACAACAAAAGUGGAGGAAGGAGAUGGGAAAGGCGCCCUUGUGCUGACUGGACAGCUUGGAGAUGUCAUGAAAGAAAGUGCUCAGAUUGCACAUACAGUUGGUAGAGCUAUAUUACUAGAUAAAGAGCCAAACAAUCUGUUCUUUGCAAACUCAAAGGUGCACCUGCAUGUUCCAGCAGGGUCCACCCCUAAGGAUGGACCGAGUGCUGGAUGUACCAUGAUCACAUCAAUGUUGUCCUUAGCGAUGGGAAAACCUGUCAAGAAGGACCUUGCAAUGACCGGUGAAGUAACAUUAACUGGCCGAAUCCUUCCGAUUGGUGGGGUGAAAGAGAAGACUAUUGCUGCCAGGCGAAGUGCAGUAAAGACAAUUGUAUUCCCAGCAGCAAAUAAAAGGGAUUUUGAUGAGCUUGCUCCCAAUGUGAAGGAGGGUCUUGAAGUUCAUUUUGUUGACACGUACGAUGAAAUUUUUGUUAUAGCUUUCCAAAGUGAUACCGAGACAGAAACAAGCUAGCAACUCAGGCUCAAAUGUUUCAGAUUAUUCAGAGACAUGGGCACAAACUGAAUAUCCGGAGAGUUUUGCAGCUACAUCAUUCUUUGUAACAUCGAGAGUAACUUAAUUGUUGAUUAGUUGUUAUUUCUUUUGGGUGGGGGGGUAUGCUCCGUGCAAUAGUAAAUCUGAAGAAAUUUUUUGGCAAGAAUGUUAGUAGCAAGAUUGCUGGGGAAGUAGCACAGAGAAAAGUUUAUUUGUAAACUAAUUCCGACAUGCACAAGCUAGAAGCAGCAGACCAGAGUCAAGGUGUGUUAUCUUUCCCGGCGUAGUGGGCUAGGGUUUUGGUCGUUCCUUAUUGGUAUGUAAUGUAAGUGAACUCAGACAUGUAAGAAUAAAAUUAAAGGAAAGACCUUGUAAGUUGUUAGCAAACGUUGAGAGCAGCAAGUUAUCACAGUUUCU